AUGACCCUCCAUCACCCAGAGAGGCUGCCGCACCUGCUCUGCCAGCAGCUUUUCCCAGUUUUGUGGACCAAGAAACGGGAUGUUCAGAGAGCCUGGGUUAUUCGCCCAAGGUCACACAGCUGGCAACCGGCAGAGCCCGGAUUGUGUUGCUUGUGGGGCUCUGGAGAAGGGAGAGCUGGGAGGGUAGGGAAGGAAUGGGUGAGAGUUGGCUGUGUGUGUGUGUGUGGAGGGAGACAGCGUUUCUCCUCCUCAGAGCUGUUUCCCAUUCAGAUGGAAGGUGUCAAGGUCAGGGUCAACAAAGGGUUGAGUAACCACUUCCAGGUGAACCACACAGUCGCCCUCAGCACAAUUGGGGAGUCCAACUACCACUUCGGGGUCACGUACGUGGGGACAAAGCAGCUGAGUCCCACUGAGGCGUUCCCCGUGCUGGUGGGGGACAUGGACAACAGCGGCAGCCUCAAUGCUCAGGUCAUUCACCAGCUGGGCCCCGGACUCAGGUCCAAGAUGGCCAUCCAGACGCAGCAGUCGAAGUUCGUGAACUGGCAGGUGGACGGGGAGUACCGGGGCUCCGACUUCACAGCUGCCGUCACCCUGGGGAACCCGGACGUGCUGGUGGGGUCAGGGAUCCUCGUGGCGCACUACCUGCAGAGCAUCACGCCGUGUCUGGCUCUGGGUGGAGAGCUGGUCUACCACCGGCGGCCCGGGGAGGAGGGCACCGUCAUGUCUCUAGCUGGGAAAUACACAUUGAACAACUGGUUGGCGACCGUCACGCUGGGCCAGGCGGGCAUGCACGCCACAUACUACCACAAAGCCAGUGACCAGGUGAGCUAG